AUGAAGUUGGGUCUCGAAGGCAAGAUCAUCCUCGUUACUGGCGGUACGAAGGGCAUAGGCCGCUCAAUAGUCGAAGCGUUCAUCGAUGAAGGCGCACAUGUUGCCUACUGUGCUAGGAACGUGAACGGACAGGAAUUUUCGUCCAUCGUGGUCAACUCCAAAGCAAUCGGCACGGCAGUCGAUAUAUCGGACAAGUCCGCACUAGAGGAGUGGGUGAGCCAGACCGCGGCGACACUGGGAGGCAUCGACAUUGUCAUCAACAAUGUAUCGGCUAUCGCGAUCUCAGACACGCCCGAGAACUGGAAUACGACGUUCAAGUUGGAUAUGCUGGCACCCUUUCACCUCUUCAAUACGUGUUUACCCUAUCUCGAGAAGUCGUCCGCACCGGCUGUGGUAUCUAUCGGCAGCGUAUCGGGGCAUGAACUCGAUUUCACCGCCCCAGGCCCCUACGGCGCUUUCAAAGCUGCACUCGCCCAUUACAUGCAAGGUUUAGCAUUGCAGUAUGCCCCGAAAGGUAUCCGCAUCAACACUGUCAGUCCCGGGAACGUCUUCAUCGAGGGCGGAGUAUGGGACAACGUCAAGCAACACAACCCUGAUCUGUAUAAAUCCGCCCUGGCGCUGAAUCCAACGGGUCGGAUGUGCACUCCCCGAGAAGUCGCCAACGCUGUGGUCUUCCUCGCGAGCUCCGCCAGCAGUUUCACGUCGGGCGCGAACCUUAUCAUUGAUGGUGCGUUGACGAAGGGUGUAAAGAUAUGAGCCGGUAUUGCACAAACUGUUUCAUUUGUAUUGUACUCAACACAUGCAGACACAGAGAUGUCAACCAAAUCCUGCCCACUCGAUGCUCAGAUACCUAACUGCGCUCUGCUUCUCCGCUGUUGCAUCGCCGCCCUCCGCCACCUCCGCAGCAUGAUGCUCGUCAUGUGUGCACAGUAGAUGCGCCUUUUUUGUCGCAGUUCCCAAUCGCCCGUGCGCUACAAUCUCCAUCGGGCGGAGCGGUGCAUCCGGCGUAUGCGAAGUAGCGACGAAGUGUGAAUGAUAUCGCAACGGGUCACCUGGAUAGACGAGCCAAUCUCCGCCAAACUUGAUGCCGCCGCCCAUGUAAUACCCCUUCUCCCACAUAUCACGGAAUACGGCACAUCGUGUGCGCUCGGCCAGGUUGGCAGGGUAGGUCCACACGCCAGCUUCAGCGGCGGAUGACAGCGUGUAGUGUACGUUGGCCUCGGAAGGUAGAUCAGUCCUUGGGGAUGGGCGAUACCAAGGCAGUUCAGAGGACGAUGCAGGGAUGGUAAUUGAAUAUGGUGGUGCGGAAGGGCCUUUGUCCGCACUGGUGCCUACCGGUGCUGGGCGCAGUUCAGGAGGAUCGGUGUUUUCGAAGAGAGACCCGGGCUCGUCGCGGUCAUCCACUCCUUCGCCCUCAUUCCGCGCCCUCUCCGCUGCCUCCCGUUCCUUUGCAGCUCGUCUUUUCUCCCUCUCUCUCCGCUUCCGGAUUGCCUCCUGGCUCAUAGCUUGGCUUUUUCCCUUCUCCUCGCUCGCCGCCUUCAGCUUGAGUUGCUCCAGCUGUACGGCAAUAUCACGCGUCCGGGAUUCGUUCCAUUGAGAGAGUUCCGCGUCUGAUGCAGGGAGGUGGGCCGCAGGAUCGUCAAGUAUAUAGGCGAUUUCCUUUUCUACAAGUAGAACAACCUCUUCAGGCAUCAGGACGAGCGGCACUCCCAGAAAGACAUUUUGCUGCGAGAGAUGGGGUAACGUCCCCGCCAAGACACCGCAAAUGUGAUGUUCAGAGCGGAGCACCUUGAUAUCAUCGACAUCCCAUACGUAUGCUCGCUGAUUGGACACGCACAACGGAAUCUUC